CCCAGCUGUGAAGAGGCUGAGGUCUGAUCAGCUCGUUGCACUCACAUACGGCUCUCUGUGACCGCAGGCACAAGUCAAACUGCGUGUAUACAUCUGUCAAACGAGAACGUGGACCACGGCAGUCGGAAACUGAAUUAUUACCACACAAAAAUAAAAUAAGGCGCCACAAUUAAAAAGGUCUGAGCGGAUAUUUCACUUUGGCAUGAGCUUCAUUAGUCUUACUGACCGUGGUCAGUGAAUUAUGUACGGGACAUCACUGAGGCCCCAGUGUGAGCUGCACAUCAGGCCGGGCUCGUCGCCCACACCAUGUCGGAAGAACAAGUAGAACCAACGGAGGCUGUGUUCACUCCGCUGCAGCAAGGACCUUUUUCUGUCGACACAGGUUCCUCUGGGCCUGAAGAUUUUUUCGACGAGGAUUGCUACUCUCCGUCCUCCAUCUCUUCGUCCUCGUCUGUCCCGCCUGUGGCCUCCCUGCCGGGGACGUCUGUGUGCACCUCCUGCGGCCUGGAGAUAGUGGACAGAUACCUGCUCAAGGUGAAUGACUUGUGCUGGCACGUGCGCUGCCUCUCAUGCAGUGUGUGUAAUACAUCACUGGGACGACAUGUGAGCUGCUACAUCAAGGAGAAGGAAGUUUUCUGCAAACUCGACUACUUCAGGAGAUAUGGGACCCGUUGUGCUCGUUGUGGUCGUAACAUCCACUCCAGUGACUGGGUGCGUCGGGCCAGAGGAAGCACAUUCCACCUGGCAUGUUUCUCCUGCACCUCUUGUAGGCGCCAGCUGUCCACUGGAGAGGAAUGUGGACUACUAGAGAAUAGAGUCUUCUGCCGGCCACAUUAUGACAUCAUGAUGGAGAAUAUCAGACGUGCUAAGGAAAAUGAGGAACCAAAAGAAGAUGAAGAGGGGGCAGACCAAGAAGACUCCAGCCCUGUGCCCAGACCUGCUAAGAGGGCCAGAACCAGCUUCACUGUGGACCAGUUGCAGGUGAUGCAAACUCAGUUUGCUAAAGAUAAUAACCCAGAUGCUCAGACUCUCCAAAAACUGGCAGAGAGGACUGGUCUCAGCCGCAGGGUCAUUCAGGUUUGGUUUCAGAACUGUCGAGCUCGUCAAAAGAAAUAUAUCAGCCCAAAUCCUGCUUCCUCAACUAUGAUUACAUCUCUUGCUCCUGGUCAGCUGACUCCGCCAUUAAUGGAAGAUCUGCACUACACCUAUAUUUCCUCAGAUGCACCCCUCCUCAGUACACUGACUUAUAUGGAUGUCCACGCUCCAGACCCACUUUUGCUGCAGCCGCUCAUUUCCCAUUCAUUGACACCUCUGCCAGUCAGCCGUGCCUGAGAUGCAGCCUGCCUCCUGAGAGACUAUAGUCAGUGAUUAACUGAUGGGGAGAAUUAAGACCAAAAACAUUACGCUUGAAUGUAAAAUCCUAAGAGGAUGGAUGACUUUAAUUCAUAAAAUGUCCAAAUAACCGCAAUUAACUAAUUGUGUUUCACUGCCUUAUGUGAGUAGAGACUUGAUGUCUUGAUGUGGGGUUGUAUGAGGUUCUUAUCCUAUGUCAGUGUGUUACCUGCAGCAGAUGACUGUCAACUUGGCCCCUGUGUGGAAAAGCAGCAGAGCACCAGCAGGAGAAGAGCAUUGCACUGCUGUAAAUGGUACCUGCAGCAAUACAUAAUUUAGCCACCUAAAAGAAGGCCCACAAAAAAUGUAGAAAUGUUUACGUAUACGCUAUAUUUUGGAUUUUUUGGGAACUUUACUCUGUCAGACUUUUCCUUUGGCGUUACAUUCCUACAACACUACAUCUGUAUUCCUGCACACAAGCGCAGUUGUUUCUGCACACUGUAUUGCGCUACAGAUCAGCUGUUUGAGUUGGACAUUCACGAGCUGUCUGACAAAAUUGUUUUUAUAUAUAUAAUAUAGCAUACACUUAAAUGCAUUUAUUUUAUUUUUUUAAGGUGGUUUAAUGUCUUGCUGCUGGUAAAGUUUACAGAAGUGCAACACUCCUGUUCCCAGCCAGAGCUACAUGCUGCUUUUCCACACUGUGGGCAAUCAUUAACUAGGGAUAAUCACUUAAUACAAUCCCACAUCAGAAGAUUGUAAAUAUCACUUUAAAGUCAGGCUGUAGUCACUGAAUUUAUUUAAUUCAAUCAUACACAGGUGAGAAUGUCGGGUAGAAUAUGGGUAUAUGUGAGAUGAAACUUGUGUUAAUAUGUAUGUGUAAUGAAUUUAAUUUAUUUGGUGAAUAUAAUAAGAUGGCACUUUGUUGGAAAAUGUUGAUAAAGUGGAGUAAAGAUCUGGUUUUCAGUUGGAUUUUAGAGUUUAUUUAAGAUGUGUUGAGGGAAAAGAGAGAUAUCAGAUUGAGCAUUUUCAAAAUUAUCUAAAAUUCAGGCAGUUAUACAACAAAUUAAACCCACUUAUCAUCCAUAAAUUAUGUUCCCUGCCAUUAUUUGAUAACAAAUGUUUAAAAACACUUUUUUCCAGUGAGUGCCCACAUCUGUUUAAUGUUUACUUUUGCAAAAACAUUUAAGAUGCUUUUUCAGUAGCACAUGUGUUAAACACAGACAAAAAGCAAUACAAUGUGUAAAUUUUGUCUUACUUUUGUCUUUGUCUUGUAAGUGUUAGAUGACAAUAGAAGCCAUGUAUGAACUGCACACUGGGAAAAUAUGGACUUUCACGUUAGAUGUUUGAGAUACUGGGAAUUAAAGUUCAUGGCUGCACCACGAA